CGAAAGUUGCCAAGUUCGGUCGGUGUGCACGAUUCGUCGUGACUGCGUGACGUGCGCCAGUGUUUCUCGAAACUCACGUGUAAAAAUUAGCUACGAUAUCGUAGCACAUGGACGAUUAUGUGCGGCAUGUUACCAAUGCUGCAAGAUCGCUGCUCGUUAUUUCCGUUCAAUCCCAGCCUGGAAGAUGAGAUCAAGCGGCUGUUCGAUCUCACUCUCAACAGAAGGCCGCAGCCAAAUGUCGAAGAAGUGAUGGAAGAAUUUCGACACAACGGUCGUGAUUUUGAAUAUUGUCCAGACUUGGACACCGACAUGGGAAAGCAAAUUACACCUCGACGAAAAAAGAAUAAAAAGCCAUUGCCGACAGAAUGCGUCUUUUGUAGAAAUAACGGUGAAGAGGAAACAUAUUAUAGAGAACAUUUAUUGAAGGAUGUUGACGGACGCGUUUUGUGUCCAGUUCUCAGGGCUUACACGUGCCCGAUCUGCGGUGCAUGCGGUGAUGAUGCACACACGGUUAAAUACUGUCCAAAGGGUCCUUACAAUCCUAACUCCUUGACCACAGCGAGUGCCUUGAAACUCUUGAGAAAUUCCACGGGAAAACGUCGCAACAAGUAGGAAGAAAUAAAGAAGCACGCACGUUUCGAGCAUCUGUCUGUAUCAACUGCUCCUAGAGGCUACCCUAUUGUACCCUAUGAUACGUCUAACACAAGUUCGUCGUGAGAUAUGUUGUAUCUCUAAGUAUUGUGUACAAUAUUUCUCUUAAUAUUUGUUCGUAUACACAAAUACUAACGUUCGACGUGAUCUCUCGUAUCCUCAUGGAUACGCUACAAUACUGAUUUUAAAUUGAGAUCGAAAUUUGACUUUAUCAGUUGGUUUCUCGCAUUCUUUCUAUUUAUAAUAUAAUUUAUCCUAUCUAUCUCAUUUUUCGUAAUAAAAUUCAUCUCGCAUCAUGAUGCACAAUUCAUAAUUCAUAUUAUAUGCGACAGAACCGUGCUGAUAAAAAAAAAUUUUGAUUUAAAGCGAAAAAAAGUUUCGGGAAUUGCGUGAUUAAGUCAAUUUAGCGGGCACAAUAAGUGUUACAACAUGUCGUGAUUUUAGGAUUAAAUGUAAUUUCCAAAGAUAAUACGUUUAAGCGAGAGAAAUCUUAAAAGGUUUAAUCAACUCGAUUAGACAAUAUUGUCUUAAUAGACAAUAAUUUAGACAUAAGAUAUUUAAUAUCUUACGAAAAGCUUAUUGCUUUUCAGAUUAUAAAAAAGAGCUUAAUAAUGAGGUUACAUUCCAAAGAUUUUUGAUACAAGUAUUUGUGAAGAGUUCAGAGAUAAUAUGUGAUAAGUACAUUUGUAAAAUCCAUUUUAGAUACAUAUUAGAUUUUUAUUUUGAGUAAAUUUUGAAAAUUACGUACUUAUCACGUAUUUCUUUUUUUUGAAUUUUCCAUUUAUAUUCUGACAUGUCAAUAACGCUAUUACUAUUUUUUUUCUUGAGGAAUAUCAAAGAA